CUUUUAGUGAAAUUACUAUUCAUAACAUUAUUGCAAUAUGUUAGCGGAGCUCACAAUGAACAUAAUGUCGACCUCACUUUCAUUUAUGGUUUUUCAAACAACAUGCUUUAUUAUAGCAUGGCUAGCGAUUGGCCGCCAUGUAUCCCGCAAUGGCCCAAUCCCAGGAGCAAGAACCCUGAAUAAAGUGCACAGCUGCCUAUACUCGGCCAUUUCAGCUAUACUCCUGUAUCUCGCAUUAUCACCGAAUCACGACGAGAUCGCGCGAACUUUCUAUCACUUAUCCAAGUUCUAUGAAUAUAUCGAUGUUCUAACCGUGCGCGCUGGGGGUAGUUCCAUCGACCUGCACUUCGGCUUCCAUCACCUCACAACGCCGUAUCUGACGUUCUUUCGCGUGUUACGCAGCAGUGAAGGCUGGCAAACUUUUGCUGCGCUGAACACCGCUCAUCACGCGCUUAUGUAUGCUUAUUUUGGUGGCGCAAGCUUCCUUCGUCCGCUACUCGAUUUCACAGGGUGCGUUCAACUGAUUGUUGGCGUUGCCGCCGAGGUGUAUGUGGUUUGGUCUAAUGGAGAGGACGGGGUGCAGGUGUGGCCGCACGUGUUCGCUGCUGUUCUUCUGAGCUCUUAUUUCAUUCUGUGGGUGAGAGAAAUGAGAAUGAGACGUGUGAUACGAGGUCAAGCAGGCACGAAGGCUGAGGACGGUUUCUACAGAUACUUCCUAUUCUAUUUAUGGUGAGACAGCAUUUGUGAAGAUUAUGAAACUAGUAUCGGAGGGUGUAGAUUAGUUUUAAAAGGGCUAUCGACUGAGACUAAGUCUCGGUGUUGACUAUCGUCACGGCGUUGAAGAAAGUGGGGAACAUUCUCGACUUUCAAUGACAAUUAUAAACAUGAGUUACGCAUCAAAGAUAAGAAAUUUACUUACUGAAAAGAAGGACAUGUUUCAAUAUGUGAUUUGGCGGGAAGGGAAACGUUCCUCACUCCGCACAUGCUUCCUAGGCUCUUAUAAGGUAACACAUAGGGAAGAACCUUAUACACGAUAGAAG